CAAUACCUUGAAAACGUUCUUGCUUGAAGAUUGAAUCCACUUAAUUAGUUUUGAUAUUGGUUUAACAGAUAGGAGGUCAAAACUUAUGUUUCCAGAAAUCCUAAAAUAAUCGAGAAUUAUCAAAUCUUCAGGUGGAAAAGCGUCAGGUCAGGUUGUUUACAAAACAAAUAUGGAAGACGCAGAAUCCAAAACGGACAAGAAAAAUUGUACGUUUUUAUUCAAAAGAAGGAAGAUUCGAAGCACUGCGGCUCGAAAACGCAAAGGAGCAAACGAUGAAGAUGAGAGCAGCGACGAUGAAACUACAGUGGUUAAAAAGGAGAGGAAACACGGAGAUAAGAAUCCCAUGAAACAAAGCACUAACACAAAGAAGGUGAAAGAUCAGCAAAAUACUAUUGAUAAUGACACAAGUGAUGAGGAGGGCAUCACAGUUUCUUAUAAAAGUACACGGACCCCGAUGCCAGCUGGGCCAAGCGAUCAAGGAGCAACAGCAAUUUUGGAAACGGAAACGGAGAAGGAUAAGGAUGCUCAAGCUAUAUUUGAAAAAGCUCAGAAAAUAAACGAGGAACUGGAAGGGAAAGAAGAUGAUAAAAUUUAUAGAGGAUUAAAUAAUUAUGCUCAAUACUACAAGAAAAAAGACACAGCUGCUGGAAAUGCUUCCAGUGGUAUGGUACGUAAAGGGCCAAUUAGGGCACCAGCUAAUUUAAGGGCAACUGUUAGAUGGGAUUACCAGCCAGAUAUUUGUAAAGACUACAAAGAAACUGGUUUUUGUGGGUUUGGAGAUAGCUGUAAAUUUCUUCAUGACCGUUCAGACUACAAGUUAGGCUGGCAAUUAGAAAGAGAAGCAGCUACAGGAGAGUACAACAAUAGUGGAGACGAGGAUGAUAAGAAGUAUGAAAUUCACAGCGACGACGAGAAUCUCCCGUUCAAGUGUUUUAUUUGCAGAAACAGUUUCACCGACCCUAUUGUUACAAAAUGUAAACAUUAUUUCUGUGAGAAAUGUGCAUUAGAACAUUACAAAAAGAGUACCAGAUGUUACAUAUGCAAUGUGCAAACCAAUGGUGUAUUUAAUCCAGCUAAAGAGUUAAUUGCACGAACAAAAUUGGAAGAGAGAAGGAGGGCAGAAGAGGAAGAUGAUAAUGACUCCUCUGAUGAUGAAUAAACUAGAUAUCUUUUUUGACAAA